ACUCUAGGCCGGGGAACGCCACAACGCAUGCGCACAACCGCCCUUCCUCAGCGAGGCGCAUGCUCAGUGCUUCCCCGCGCGGCCGAGGAACGACGAGGGCGGGACGUUCAGCCCACGCGGGGCCGGGACAUGGCAGCGGCGGGCGGCGGGGCCUGGGCGCUGUGGUGGCGGGGCCUGACCCGCGGCCGCGCCUCGCUGCUGCUGCGGGCUCCAGGGCCGCUGCCGGCUUGCAGACAGAAGUCAUCAGUCAGUUUCCUUAGUCGACCUGAUCGUCCAAAUCUAGCGUAUAAUAAGAUAAAAGGCAAGAACCCAGGUGUUGUCUUCCUCCCAGGCCUUAAUUCAGAUAUGAAUGGGCAGAAAGCAGUUGCACUCCAGGACUUCUGCAAAUCUCUCGGUCAUGCCUUUGUAAGAUUUGAUUAUACAGGAUGUGGAAGUUCAGAUGGUAAUCUUCAAGAGUGUACGGUUGGAAAGUGGAGGAUGGAUGUUUUGUCUGUACUAGAUGAACUCACAGAUGGACCACAGAUUCUAGUGGGAUCCAGCUUAGGUGGAUGGCUGAUGCUUCAUGCAGCAAUAGCUCGUCCAGAAAAGGUGGCCGCUUUAGUUGGAGUAGCUGCAGCUGCAGACUAUCUUGUAACAACUUUUAAACAACUUCCCCUUGAGGUCCAAAAAGAAAUAGAAGAAAAGGGUGAAUGGAAGCUGCCAACAAAACACAAUGAGGAAGGGUUUUAUUGUUUGUCAUAUGAGUUCAUUAAAGAAGCAGAAAACCACUGUCUGUUGAGCAAUCCUAUUCCUAUAACCUGCCCUAUAAAACUUAUCCAUGGCAUGAAGGAUGAAGAUGUCCCAUGGCAGGUAUCCAUGCAGAUUGCAGAUGAUGUUGUCAGCACAGAUGUGGAUGUGAUCCUCCGCAAAGUUGGUCAGCACCGAAUGAAUGAGAAGGAUGACAUGAAACUUCUUGUGUACACUGUUGAUGAUUUAAUUGACAAGCUGACGACCCUAGCAUGAGUUGCAUGUUAGCACUAAUGCAUGAGCUUAACACUCAGAUCUCUUCUGUUAUUAACCAAAACCUCACUUUUUUUUAUGGCAAUGGAACACUGCUGAAUCUGGAAGGAUGCAAAGGUCACGAAAGAAAGGAAGUGGAGCUUUAACUUCUGUCUCCUUACCUCUGUUUUGUAAAUAAAGGUGUUUUCUUAAUGCUGCAUUUGCACAAAUGGUAGAAAAUGUGAAGAAAAUGCUGCUGUUUGUUGGAAAAUUUUCCCCCGCCUUGAUUUCCUGUGACUUUUUUUCAGAAGUUUCCUACACUAUUUUGUACUGAAACAUGUUUACCUUUCUUACAUUUGUGCCAAUGGUUAAAUUUUUGCUACUAUUAGAACUGUACAGUACAACUUAAUUUUUUAAUUCCUUUUGACAUCCUAAAAUAAAUAUUGUGCUUUAUGCUUUAACAUUA